ACUGGCAAAGCGGAUAAGCCCCCCGCGCCCGCACACAACCGCACCGCCAUUUCGCGGUUCCGCCAUGGCCACCGCCGCGGCGCUCGCGCUCCACACGCAGUUCCGGCCGCCGCGCUCGCCUCGCCGUCUCCGGCAGCAUCUAGCCUUACCCUCAGGAGUCCUCAUCCGAUCCCCCGUCCGCGCCUCGGCUGCGUCGGCGUCGGCGUCGGCGCCGGCGCAGCGGGAGGCCGCCGCCGCGGGAGUCCCGUGGGGCUGCGAGAUCGAGUCCCUGGAGAGCGCCGUGUCGCUGGAGAGGUGGCUCACCGAUUCGGGGCUCCCCGAGCAGAGGUUGGGGAUACAGCGGGUGGACGUCGGUGAGCGCGGCCUCGUCGCGCUGAAGAACAUCCGCAAGGGGGAGAAGCUGCUCUUCGUGCCUCCCUCCCUCGUCAUUACAGCUGACUCAGAAUGGGGCUGCCCUGAGGUGGGGAAUGUGUUGAAGAGAAAUUCUGUGCCGGAUUGGCCGCUUAUUGCUACCUACCUUAUAAGCGAAGCUAGUUUAGAGAGUUCGUCGAGGUGGAGCAGCUACAUAGCGGCGUUGCCAAGGCAGCCUUACUCUCUGUUGUACUGGACUAGGCCUGAGCUUGAUGCAUACUUGGUGGCUUCGCCGAUCAGGGAACGCGCAAUUCAGAGGAUCACUGAUGUGGUCGGAACAUACAAUGAUCUCCGUGACAGAAUAUUUUCUAAGCAUUCAGAUUUGUUCCCUGAGGAGGUUUACAACUUAGAGACGUUUAGAUGGUCCUUCGGCAUCCUCUUCUCACGCCUGGUUCGAUUGCCAUCAAUGGAUGGAAGGGUUGCACUAGUUCCUUGGGCAGAUAUGCUUAACCAUAGUCCUGAGGUGGAAACAUUCUUGGAUUAUGAUAAAUCCUCAGGGGGAAUAGUUUUCACUACCGAUCGUUCAUAUCAACCAGGUGAGCAGGUGUUUAUAUCCUAUGGCAAGAAAUCCAGUGGCGAGCUAUUGCUUUCAUAUGGUUUUGUUCCAAAAGAGGGAACAAACCCAAAUGAUUCAGUUGAAUUGCUGGUGUCUCUUAAUAAGUCUGAUAAGUGCUACAAAGAGAAGCUACAAGCACUAAAAAGAAAUGGAUUGUCAGAGUUUGAAAGUUUCCCUUUACGCGUCACAGGAUGGCCAGUUGAGUUGAUGGCUUAUGCCUUUCUUGUGGUCAGCCCUCCCGAGAUGAGCCAACGUUUUGAAGAGAUGGCUGUCGCUGCAUCAAAUAAAAGUCCAUCCAAGCCUGGACUUAAUUAUCCUGAACUGGAGGAACAAGCUCUUCAGUUUAUCUUGGACUGUUGUGAGUCUAACAUAGCAAAAUACACAAAGUUCCUAGAGGGUAGCAGUGGGUCUCUGCAACUUUCAACCAAUUCAAAGCAAGCCAACCGGACGUUACUGCUAAAACAACUAGCAAGAGAUCUUUGCAUUAGUGAACGGAGAAUCCUGUAUCGUACACAAUAUAUAUUGCGUAGGAGACUGAGGGACAUGAGAGGUGGUGAACUUAAAGCUCUGUCAUUGUUCAAUGGGCUCAGAAAGCUCUUCAAAUAAAAGGAUGGAUUUGUUUUUCAAUGUUAGCUGAAGAUUUCGAGGACAAUGUUUAAUCUCUAGUAUCUUGCUUCUUCCUUUCAGGUUGUCUUUGUUGCUGAUGAAGCUCAGACUGUUGAAGAAAAGGAAAUUGACAAAUCAGAUUACAAUCUCAGCCGACAAGCAACUGAUGCUAGAAGACUAGAAGUGGUCACAGCUCAAUAGAAGACACUAGUUGUAACUUGCGAUUGAACAGUCCAUAUCUUGGUUUAAAUCUACUAUAGCACCAUGCAACAAUGUACCAGUGGAGUCAUCUCGUGUAUAUUUUGUUUCAGGGGUUUCCCCUCGAUAUCUAUAGCAUAAUAUCCCUUCUAUUUC